AGAGGAUCAUGGGAAGUGAACGGUGUUUUUGAAACGGAGGGAGUUUCGAAUUAUUUUACAUUAGCUGCGGUUAAACACGACCAGCACUCGACAUGUUAACCUUUUAAGUAACGCGACGUUUAACCGAAAACAUAAAUACGACGAAUAUGUUCGCUAUACUCGGCCUUCCUUUUCUUCGUAGAAUUAGCUAGGUGGCUAAUGCUAUCAGCCACUGUGUGGAGUCGUCAGGGGCAACAAAAUGGGCGAACAAAGAAAUUAGACGAAAAAGCGAAACUUGUCGAUUUACCAGAAAUGCCACAGAUACGGUGUUGUCGAAGCCAGUGGGAAUGACGCAGCGACGAUGACAGUGAUGAAGAGGGCGUUACAUCCCGAUCCGGGGAGCCAAACACAAAUUAUUUUAGUUUUUUUCUUACCAGGUGGUCCUCUAGUUGAUUAUUCAAAGGGUUAAAUCACUGAUGGUGUCUCGCUCUGGAUACGAGCAUGGAGCUGACGCUAGAAGUGGUCAUCUCCUCCAGAAUCAAACGAAAAAAGCCAUGGCCACGAUUUUGCUGGCUCGGUCAGGAGAAAGAAUGUGUCUUCCUGUUCGACGACAAACGGAUCAGCGAGAUCAACAUGAUGUCCGGUCGUACCAAGAAGAAAACCCCCAAACUCCAUCCUUUGCUAACCAAUGUGGUGACGAUGGCUCCAUCCCGCAAUGGGAUUUGGUUUUGUGGACUUUUGACCACGGGCGAGCUCUUUUUAUGGAACAGGGACAAUGAUUUGUUGAAGACUGUCACAGCGGCCCCUGAAGUCGUUCACAUCAUCACUACGAUUCAAGGGAGUUCCACGCGACUGUCCAUCCAUGUAUCGGGUAACGGGGCGCGUGUGAUUUUGGUCACCACGUUGGGGCAAGUGUUUCUGUGGGAAUGUACAGACCCUGAAGAUUUGACUUUGACGCAAGACGGCUCAGUGGAAGGAUGCUGGGUCCAAAUGCGGCCGCCUCAAGACACCCCUCUGCCCACUUUGAAGGACAAAGAGGCGACUCAUUGCAGCGUCUUUGUGGAAAACAAGACUGUGGGUGAUGUGUGUUUACUGGGAUUUGUAUUCACAUCUGGGAAGAAACUCAUCAUCACCUGCCUCAAAAUCCAAUGGCUGGAUCAACAUUUGUGCUUUGGCUCAAAGGAAUACAGCCUACAAUGGGCCACCAAGACGUACCUCAUGUCACGUCUCACCCCGCCCUGCCAAACGGUCAAGUCCAGAGGGGCGCUGGUCGUCGACUUCUCCCCCGACGGGCAACUGCUAGCCGUCGUGGUGAACCAGCAACAGCCUCAGGCCACGCAGGUUCUAUUUGUGAGCACGCAAAAUUUUGUCUCCGUGUCAAGCGGACUUGGACGAUGCGGGUGUAAAACAGAGCAGGUUCCUUCGAAAUACACAAGGUCAUACUGGGUUGGGAGUCUAAGCUGGUCACAUGACGGCCUUUUCCUGGCCUGCGUUUUGAAGAGAGGCGCCCUCCUGAUCCUGGCUCGUCUCGGCGGGCUCCUGGCGCUAACCAGCUCUGGCUGCAAAAUCGACUUUGGGCCAGCACACUUUCUCCCCCUUCACCCAUUGGUCACUUACCGGCCUCCAACCGGACGAGCGGAGGCCCACCUGUCCAGCUCGAGCGUGUCGGCACGGGACACCAUGAGGCAGCGCUUUUCCGUCACUUGGCACCCGCGCCUCCUGUACUGCAUCGUGUCCGACGGCUACAUGGCCACCGUGCUGCGAGUCCUCAACAGGCCUUCUCCCGCAAUGCUGGUGAAAGCUCUGUUGGAUAACAGCAGCAAAGACCUUCAGAAGGCCUGCAACCUUCUGGAUACAUCUCAGUUGGACGUGAGAACGUGCUUGGAGUCGUACCUCAGUCCGGACGCCAAGUCGUUCACCACGAGCGGACGUCACCCUGCGGACUCCAUUGUAUCAGCAGCCACACACGAUUCCACUUUGCCUUUCUUUCUGCAGGACCAGGGCACCUUCGGUGGCACCAAGGAGCUGUUUGAUCGAGUUCAGUCCUUCUUUGAGGAUGAAUCCGAUGUAGACGGCCCUCCUCUUGGUUCGCAGCUGGCGGACAGCGGACGCUUGGAGUUUGCCUCCAUGUUCGACACUCUCCACGCUUUGGACACAGAGACUGAACUAGACCAAGAUCCUGAAGAGGACCUCGAGAUGACCGUGUGUUGUCUUCGACGGGAUCUCAGUAAAAUCCAGAAUGGGCUCUUGACGGUGUGGGCUCUCUGCAUGUCUCUGGGAGCUGCAGUGGAAAACCGAGCCCACCUGCUGGAGUGCACCGUCAUCCGCGUGGCGCAACUCGCCGCUUUGUUCCACUUGAUGCCGAAGAGUUCUUCCGACUCUGGGAAGAGUGGCCCCUCCGGUUUUGCUUGCAUCCUGGAGCUUCUCAAAGCACUUUUUGGAAUCCUCCCGUGGGACAACACUCACUCCGAUGGAUCUCCUGGCCUGGCGAUGGUGGUGGAGCUCUGUAAGCGGCUUGUUCGCCUGCUGCUCGCCCCGCCCCCAGAUUCCCCCCCACCACAAUGUAUCAACAGGCUAUCCGAAGCUGUGCUCAUCCUCCAGCUGGCCUCCGAUGCCCUCGACUGCGCCUACAGCCUGCAAAAAAGCACCCUCUGGUCCUCGACGGAGAAGGACCCUCAAUUCUCAGCUUUAGAUGUCCACCAUGUGCCACUGCUGCAGGAGUACAGGGAGAUCCAAUAUGACCUUGGUCAUCCGGUUCUGCCCCUAUCCCAGCGACCAUCCAGCAGACUGUGUGGAGUGUGGCAUUGGGUCUACACGAUGAGCCAGAGUUACAAGGAGGACACGCGAGGCCCUAAGGAGGUCGAUGACGGGGAGCAGUUGUCAAUCAUCAUGUCCAAGAUUCAAGCAGCUCUGCAAGCGAUCGGGGAGAAACUCGAAGAGGGUCCUGCACUGUUGAGUCACACAGGUGAAGAUUUCUUCCUAUGCGGCUUGUACCAAAACAGCUCUGAGACGUGGCGGACCCAAAUUUGGGAAGAGAGUAAAAAAAGUUGUCGUCGCAGCGCCUUCCAGGAAACCCGACUUUGUCUGGCUCUCCUCUACAGCCUGCUGUCCCAGUACCAUCUGAGGGAAGCCGUGGAGUUGGGAGAACACAUGGCCCACUUGGCGCUGCACAACGCCGAACGCCACAAUAAUCAUGCCACUUGCACUACAGCCGACCCCCUUCUGCCGACAAACCUUCACAGCGACGCAGUCAUCGCCGUCAUUCAGACUUUGGCGAGGUUCAUGGCUUCCUAUUUUACCAAUCAGCCUCUCAACAUCCUGCCUGCACACCACGUGGCUGUUUUGCCGCCGUUACAUCUACCUCAUGCUUCAAAUGUAGGACGUAUGAUGCCUCUGUGCCAGGAGGCAGCGGCUCGAGCGGUUCGCCAGCAACAAAUGUCGGAGAAGUGGACCGUGGACUACGCCGUGGACCUUCUACUGCUCGGGGGUCUGUUCCCUGAGACUGUGUGGUUGGCCUACAAACUCGGCGACUGGAAGAUUGCAGCCUCCGUUAGCCUCGCUUAUGUGUACGACUGCACCAGCCACUUGGACACGACGAAGAUCAACAGACAAGACCUUCACCUUCCAAAAACUUUACUCCCUGAAAGCAUUUUUCAGACGGAGUUGCAGUCUCUUCUGGACAAUGACACUGGAGAGCACAGCGAUGUCAAUGAGUCAACAUUUGCAGACCCCGUGGAAGGACAAGACUUGGAUGCAUUGGAAGGAUCCGCCCAGGAGAUCCUCAAAGCGUCCGUCGUCGCUGGUGUGGACGUUUUAACGUCACAGUUAACUUCCUUACUGGAAUCAGCUAAAGAUCUGUGCUCGAGCCUGUCUGCUUUGGUGCACAGUGGACUGUAUUUACCGUCCCCGCCUUUGUAUUGUCCUCAGCCGUCCCCUAACACUCAGGAUCCUGUGGGGACACUGGGACAACUCACAGAGUUGGCGACACGCCACAAAGUGUCGGGCGUUCUCCAGAGGAUCCUGCUCCUCCUCAGGUCAGCUCGAUGCUGCCACCCUGUCGCUCAGUGGUACGUCAGCAACCUGAGGCGGGCCCGCCACCUACUUCACAAGAUCAAGACAAAGUAUGCCUACCCAUCAUUCCCCAAAGAGGAAAAGCCUCUCCCAGAAGGCCUGAUGAAAUUUGCCAGCCAUGGCGGAUUCUUCAGAAGGAGCCAUAGCAAAGAUCUAGAGCCGGAUUCCAGUCAAACUAUUAUCUGUUUCAGGCAGCUGUGUGGUUUAUGCUGGAUGCUUCAUGUUAGGGAUCAGCUUUCUGUUGCCUGCAGGAGGUUUCAAGCUGCCAGAAUGCAACAGGCCCCUGACAAUUCACAAGUGCAUUCAUUCUGCAUUGAUGCUCUUCUCUGGGCCCAUCGCUAUUUGACUUUCUCUCACUUCCUGAACGCUGAGGAAAUCCUGCAGGAUCUCCUGCUCAGCCUUUUGGCUGAAUUGCCACCCCUUGCUUUGGUGGCAGACACGCUCGUUCUUGCCUUCCCAGAGAAGGAAGAGUCUGUCAGAGUCUCCCUGAGGGAGAAGUAUAACUCACUGCUGACGAGCUUGAGGCAAUGCAGCGUCUUUGAGGACGACACUAAGACCAUGAAGACUUUGAUUCAAGAAAAACUCAGGCUGAGGAGAAAGCACCUGGGUCGUUUGCUGAGGCACCUGGCCCCCAUGGAGCUUUGGCUGUGGGAGAAAGACGAAGAUGAGGAAGACAAACACGAGGCGACCGCUUUGAGAUCACACUCGCCGGUCACGAGCGUCAGCGCCAGCACUCUAACUGACGCCGUUGAUGGAGAAAGAACAGAGAGCACAUCUGACCCUCAUACCUCAUCCAUAUCAAGGAAGGUCAAAAUUAAAGCAAAGAAGACUGCUGUUGGGACUAAGAGAGCAAAAAAUAAUGUAGCGCCACCUUCCCUUCCAGUCAUUGGGACCUGGGAGUUUGAGCUAGAGGAUGAUGAGUAUCUCAACUUCCUCGAGCUUUUUCUCAGCUACAUGCUGGAGAAGGAAAGCAGCGACGGGGGUGAGCCUCCUUUGCUCAAGUCUUUUUGCUCGGCUUUACGCGAGAGGGAGCUAAACUCGCUCACCUUCGACGUGCUCACCACCAUGCAUCGUCGCCAAAGAGACCCGGCCAGGAAACACUGCGGAAAUGAGCUCCCGGUCUUCAGAGCCGGUUGCUGUCGAAGGCCGGUGAAUCCGGGUACGACCCCCGAGUCGCAAACUGCACCAGACGCUUGCGAAUCUCGAAGCAACGUCUCUGCGUCCGCUCUGUCUGAGCUUAAGACUGGGAGACAAUUGGGUUUGUUUGGUCUCCGACAUCAGAAGGGAGGCUCUGGUUCUGACGGUAAUCAAAGCGUGUUGGCUUUCGCCUCCACAACUACACCGGAAGCCAUCGUAGAACUUCAACAGGUCCUGGAUUCUAAAUUAGAGGCCCAGUUCCCAGUGCUGGGAAGACUGCUGGAGUGGAUGUUGCGCUGGGCCGACAAAAGGGUGCUCCUUGGGCAUUCGGCAAAGAAGAAAAAAACAAAGAGAGACGUAGCGUGUGAAGAUGGGAUAGUCAUUCGUGUCAGAACCUCUGCGCCGGCACUGCUCACUUCGCUGAGCCUGCUGGAGCGCAGGUUCACGCAUCUGCUCCAGCCAGGGUGCCCGGAAGCAAGAUGGACGAUCGCUCGGGUGUUGCAAUCCGAGGCCGUUCCAAAGCUGGAGAAACAGAGCCCUGUUGAUAUCAGCUCCCCAAGAUCAGCUGCUGGUCUGGAUCACGACAUAGGGAUAGAGGAACUGUCUGUUUGUUCUCACACGGACGAAGCAGAAGAGUUGAAGUCUCACAUGACGCCUCUCCCCGACGAGCCAGACGAACUCAACUCCAGCGCUCCGGUCCCGAGCUCCACAUCACAGCGACCGUGUUUUGACGAUUUGGAUGUCACGCCAGAAAAAGAAGUCAAAAGCAACGAUGACCGCACGGAGCAGUCGUCGUCUCUCUCCAACGACAUCCCGUCUGAAAACCUCUGCUCGCCUUUAGCGAGUUUAAAACUUGGAGAACUGAUGGAGCCCACCUCAUCUCUCUUCAGUCAGGCAGGAAGCCAUCCAUUGACCCGGGCACCGAGUGAUCCAAACUCCCAAAUCCCUCCGUCUGCUCAGCCACAAGCGUCGCUUCACACAGAGCUCCCCCAUUCAAGAGCAACUCUGGACACCAACACGCCAUUAAAUCAUCCAGGCUCUGGACCUCACCCUACCACAGCUGGUGCACCCGCUCUGGAUCCUUUUGGCCAACCAGACUCCUUUCAGGCUCCGCCAAUGAGGCAGCGUCUGGGUGAAGAUUUGUACCGACUGGUCCAGAACAUCAACUACAUGAGCCUGAUGGAUGUUUUGGGAGCUUCAUUUUCCAAUCUGCAACUCGCGCAGCAGAAUUCCUAUUUAGCGCAAUCUAAUAUGAACCCUUAUGUGCCUUCGCCCUAUGCACCACCUCAACAUAAUCCCCAACCUGUGCAGACCCCUGCAGUGUCGCAAUCCCAAAUUUAUGUGCCUAAUUCACACUCAAACAACCCAGCAUCUGCACCCAUGUAUGCGCAUCAGACUCCCAUACACGGCACACAAGAACCUGAUGACGUCAGCAAUCUUACCUAUGCCCGUCAUGACGCAGUAGGAAGCCAUCAGGAUUUUCGACCCCUCGCUGUGCAAGCGGAGUCAAGAGACAUUCACUUUCAGGAAAGAACGAAAUUAAUCCCAUCCACCGAAGGGCUUCUGAUCGCCUCUAACAGCAGUACCACAGCGCCCCCUGUUGGUAAUAAUACAGACCUGUCCAUUCAAGCCUCAAGCCUCCAAUUACUCCAUCUGCAAAGUGGUAAGAAGAGAGACAAGAAAAGGAAUAAAGGCGCAUCUUCAAUUCGGAAAAGACUUCUUCGAUUUAGCCACAGCACUCAAACCGAGUCUCCGACAAGGAGCUCUCAUCAGCAGAAUCCCACGUCCGAGGCGGCACGAGGCCUUCGUUUGCUGCGUUUGCAGCCUGGUGCACAAGAACACAUCAACCUCCCCAAAUUACCGGCAACACCUCCUCCUCCCCCAAAGCAUUUCUAUGUCCCUGCAGUGGCACUGGUUGACAUCCCCAAACUCCAACUUCUUCACAUAGACCCCAGUCCAAGAAUGAUGUCCACCCCGGCACCUCGCUCGUCCCACAAGGCUCGCCUCAUCUCCCUGGAGGAGUUGGCGGGUUUAGUGGCAGGGAGGCGCAACUCGGAAGAAGCUCGGCUGCAGCUGCUACGAGUCAACGACUCCGGCGAAAUGCAUCGCGGCGCGACGCCUUCCUCCAGCUCCAGCAAAAGGCAGAAGAGGAGAGAGCGAUCACUAAGCACAAAUCUGCCAAGUGAGCUCAUCACCACACAGGAGCCUAACGUGAAGCGAGAGGAAACCACUCCUGCAGGGGAUGCUCCCAGUCAAAGUGCAGUCAUUCAUAGUUCCUCGAGAUCCAGCAGCACCGGUCCAACUGGUCGCUUUUUAUUAGACAAGGCGAGAGCCACUUCAGCUGAGCUCCAUGCCUUUGCCUCCACGUGUAAAAGACCCCCAGAGUGCCUUGACGCUUUCACCAACACUGAUCCAAAAUCUUCUCCCAUGCUUGUGGACAAAGCAGUGUCUGCUUCACUCUUAGCCACAACUUCUACGGCCAAGUCAAAAGAAAACACUUCAGAGAAACUAUCCCGAGAAAAGAGCCCUUCUCAAGAUGAAGAUGAGAUCCCGCCAAUAGAUGAGAAGAGGAAUUUGGAUCAGCGCGGUCGCAACUUCCUAAGCAUCCUGGACAUCGAAGAGGGGUCGCAACAUCGUGAUUUACCUCCAGCUGGCUCCGGAAUGAAAGACGCUUCUUCCAUACCUCCUGUCCUCACGCCUGCUCAGCUUCACAUUCUCGCCACUUCCGUCAUCAAGAGUGCUCGCCCCGCCGAUGAGAACACCCCCAAAACCGUCACCCCAACAGAUUACCAUGAGAGCACCACUGAACCAGAGAGAGUUUACUCUGAGGAGCUACAUGACGCAGAUCUUAUGAAAGCCCUCAGGACAAGAAGAGAGAGACCUCACAACGUGGAACCGGAGAGCAUCUGCUCUACUGAACUAUCUGAGCUGACGACAGCAAUGAAGACACCAAAAAGAGAUGGACCUCACCACAGGGAACCAGAGAAAGUCUCUCCGUCCGACAGUGAAGUUUCAAUCGACUCCGAGCUUUCGAAAGCCAUCAAGAGCCCACGAAUAGACGAACCUUGCAAUCCCCCGUCCGAAACCGCCACGGUUUGGUUCUCGUCCCAUCUGUCCAAACUGGAUUCCCAGCUGGCUGCGCUGCAGAACAUCGCCGACUGCCUGGAGCAGGACCUGCCUCAGUCCAAAAUUCCAAAGCAGCCAUACAAGCCACAGCAAUUCUCCCCAGCUUCAUCUCCGAACCUGAAGCCCACAGUAAGAAAAACAGUAAGAUUGUCUCUCCCGGAUGAAAAGCCCAAAGCACAGCCAAAGCACACUCCUCACGUCGUUGUGAGAAAAAACAUCCUCGAAAGCAGAGCCCCACCGCCGCAACCUCACACCGCACCAGAACCCGACAUCUGCAAGGAGGACGAGAAGGAAGAAGAGGACAAGAGAGUAGACAUAUUCCACAGCCCUGACCGAAAGCCGUCCACUCCGCAUCUAACUUCCUCCUCUCAGCUUCAUCCCGGCCACCAGAGCCUUCUAAAGCAUCUGUCCACUGUAACAUUGGAAACGUUUGAGGAGACGGUCGACGAGAGUCUGGACCAGACGGGCUUGUCUGACACAGCAGAGAUCCUGGAAGGUUUGGUGCGAGAAGGUUACAUAUCCCAGAUGGACCUGGACGCAUCUUUAUCAAACACGCUCGACAGCAGGAAGGAGCAGCAAGAAGCAAGUCGGCAGAUUUCCACGGGGUGUGCUGUCCCUGACGAUGAAGACUACAGGCGGGAGUUGAAGAUGUGGAUGCGACGCAAGCAGAGGGAGAGACACUCGGUGUAUCAAAAACAGAGAGCCAGCCUGCGUGAGAGGGAGACCAAACCUUUCUCCAGAACAUCGAAAUCCACCAACCAAGUGAUCAGCAGGAAAAACACACAAGAAAAGCAAAAGGACUUGCUUUUGAAACAAUUCAACAAGAGGCUCCGUGACGCCGCCUUGUUGGCGGAUCAACUUGGCACCAGCCCCUUUCCCGGCUCUCGUGUUUUAGUCACUGAUGGUCCCACCGUAAGGUCGUCCUCUGCUCCACCCACAGCUGGCAAUCCGAGCACAGAGAAGAAUCUGAAGCGUACCUCAGGCCAAACACGCGCCCAGCAUCGUCCUUGGACUGCCGAAGCACCCGGAAGACUUUCAGAGGACAACAAGAAGGUUGAACUCCAGCCAAGGCCAGGUUCUCUCUCGAUGUCAGGGACCUCACUGUCCAGGGAGCGUCCGGUCACUUCCGCCAGGGCCCAAGAAGACGAGCAUGUCACGCAGCAGAGCGUUAGUUUGUUAUUGUCUGAACUUAUAAACGAGCAGGACGACGGCAUCGAGGCGGGUGAGGCAGGCAUGGACUGGCUUGACAAAUUGUCGGAGAGCGGCGGCAACCUCAGCGAGGUGGACUGGGCGGCCAUCGAAAGGAUGGCGGCCGCGGCGGGGACUUGAAUGUCUGCAUCUCAGGUAAAAAAAAAAAAAGCAACACGGUACAGUCAUUGCUUGGUCAAUUUCUAUGUUUCUGCUAUGUUUAUGUUUUGCGUUGCAAGCAAAUCAGGCACACUACCACUAGAUAGCGGCAUUGUUGCUUGCAGUGAACACAGUUGUGCUCACAUUUGUGCAGGUAUUUGCACAUGAUUUUGUUUUCCAAGAAAUGAAACGAAAAGACAAAGAAGCAUGAUGUCUUUUGAACUUUGUAGCAAAGGCUAUGAAUACUUAUCUACAUGUGACCGCCCCACCCACACACACACACACACACACACACUUGAUCAUUUUGUCAGUUUUGUGUGUAGAAUUUGUAGAGAAUAAUUAACCCAUUCUGAAAUAAGGUUGUAACAUGUGAGAAAAAUGAAACUCUUAAUACUUGGAUUGAUCGACUACACAAUUUCGGAAAUUGUAGUUAGGUGUCACCUUUCUGCUUGAAUUUUUCUACUUUCUCACUUUUGUACACAUUGUCUUAAAUAAAUGUCACUUUUAAUCAUU